AUGUGCACUACCCUCAGCUCACCUACUGUUGCGACCAGCCCUGCUCCUUCAUUGGAUGGUGGUAAGCCCUUCGCCUAUGGCGGCAAACCUUUCCUCGCUCCGCCCUUGGGUUGUCUGUCACGGAGCCGCCGAACCCACGCGUUGGACAACAUGACACCAGAUGAAGACAAGGUGGCCGGCAUAUGGUGCAAGCACAGUUGGUGUGUUGUGAAUGAGGAUUAGCAGGAAGGCGGCUAUUGGCUAUUUGAUUAGAAGUGCGCUUUUGUUUAGUGAAGCCUGGCGAUGCGCACCAACCGUUGUCUUCUCUGCACGGUUGGAUUACACGCUCAUCAGGUACGUACAUUUAGCAGUAUGGCUACUAUCAUCUGCAAUUAACUGACGGUUGGAUUACACGCUCGUCAGUCUCUUAUUUGGUAGCGUCUGUAUUGCCGCAAGGCACAGAUCCGCAAGCAGAAAAGAUGCAGCGCAUAUCCAAGAUGGUGACAACCACGGCGGACCACGUCAGUCUGAUGGGCGACUUGUACGGCAAAGUCGACGCCAGCAAUUGGGGUAUUGCCCGGGAACGACUCCAGAACGUACUGAAAGGCGAGGGCCGCCUCAAGCACAUCACCGGUGCACUCGACGUCGGCCCCGAGCCUCUGCAAUCCGAGUUCGCCCGCUUGGAGGGUGACACCCGCGUCGACGAUGUGGCCAUCUAUCGCAACCAACUUCGAUUGUACCGCCAGGAUGUCGAUGCCCUUGACCAGGCCCUUGCGCAGGCGCGCAACACGCUGAUUGUGUGCCUGGGGGAAUCCACCUUCGCCCGCGUCAAGGCCAAUGCCACGUACAACCUGUGGGCCGCGCUCGAUAAGGACCUCAGUCGCACUUCGGACGAUUUCAUGCGUUCGGCAAAGCUCGACGCCCUCUUCUUGUGCGAACCAUUUGUCGACGGCGAGGCGCUUGACCCCUGGCUUGCGAACUUCAACCGCUUGUUCGAGGACCUCGUCGCCACCCACGUCUCCCGCGACAAGGCCUACCAGCGCGCCAAGAUCGACGGCACGACGUUCACCCAAGCCGAUUUCGACAAGUGGGAACCCCCGCCCGCGCUGUCCAAGGGCGUCCGCAUGGACCUCUUGAAGGCUAGGAUGCCGAGGAACCUCGUGACCGUCAUCGACUCCAUCGGCACGCUCCCUUCUCUCGAGCAAGUUGAGGGCGCGAUACGUCGGGCUGCACUCUCCUCGAGCCAGCAGUCCGAGCCCAUCACCGAAGUGUUGGCGGCACGUACGCAGAUCCGAGGUCAGCCACCCUCGGGUCGUCCUUCGGGCAACUCGGCACCUCCCUUCCUCCAGGCCUCGAAGGUGCCCGGUCUCAAGGAAUGGUGGCCUCACGGGAUCUCACACGCCGGUCGCCUGAAAUUGGGCCGGAUGCAGUGCAGGAUGUGCUACGAGCAGGGCCACCUCGGCGACGAAUGCCCUGUGCCUUUGACUGAGAUCUCUCGCCGCCACAUCGCUGUUCUCGCCAGACACAACAUCACCAUUGGCGCGGCCGACCGCGAACCGGAGCCACCUCUCGGGGACGAAUCGUACGAGGGCUACUUCGUCGUCAGCGUCGCCAUUGGGGACGACAACACGGCGUUGUACCUGAGCGACAACCCGCGCUAUCUGCUCGAUUCGGGUGCGACUCGCCGGGAUCUUCUCGUCGACUUCAAGCCCUUCACCACGGAGCGCGUCCGCGUCGUCGGCGCCUUCAACUCGAGCGCCAUGGCGACUGGUACGGGCAAUCUCCGGUUCGGCAUUGGCGAUGCGCCCCUCGAGCUUCGCGAUGUCCUCCUCGUCCCCGGUCUGUCCACUGAGCUCGUCUCCCUCGCCGGCCUGAUGAAGGAUGGGUACAAGCUAUCCGACGAGUGUGACGCGGCUGGGAGGAAUACUGGGAUCACCAUCUUGAGCGCGGCGUCACACCUUACUUUCGUCCUCGACCGCAAUCACUACGUGCUCCAGGCAAGUUCUCCCUCACCUCCUCGGGCGGAUCACCUGGCGCUGACUGCCACCACCUUGCCUACAGAUGUAGUGCUUUGGCAUCAGCAUUUGGGUCAUCCUUCUUGGGGUCGUUUGGUAGAGCUUGCUAGAUCGGGUCGUCUCCCACUCAACCUCGCCGCUGUAAUUCAGGACCAGAUUCCUCUCCUUGAUCAGUGUGAUGCUUGCUGCACCGGCAAAGCCAUUUCCUCACUGAACCGCGAACCCGCAAGCCAUCCCGCGGACACACCUUUCUCCUGCGUCUUUGCCGAUGUAUGGGGUCCUUCCCCGGUUCCCGCUCUUUUGGGCGCUCGUUACCUCUGCGGCAUCACGGAUGAGUUCUCGCAUUUCCGCUGGGCCCGCAGCAUCCGACUCAAGAGCGACUCGGCUGCCGUCCUUCAGGCUUUCGUUGCGAUGUCGAAGACCCAAUACGGGGGCCAGGGUGUCACGACCCUUCGCACGGACAGAGGGGGUGAGUUUGUGAACCACACGCUCCGGGAUUGGCUCGCCACGCGGGGCAUCUUCCACGAGCACGGUCAGAUGGGCGUUCAGGAGCGCAGCUGGCGAACGAUCUUCAACUCUGUUCGCGCCUGGCUCCAUUGCUCUGGACUGCCUCCCACGCUUUGGGAUGAAGCAGUGCACCCCUGACUCCGUUCUCCACGAGCCCUCGGACCCGGUCACGGACACUCGCCGCCCCCGCCUCGACCAUGUCAAAACCUGGGGCUGUGCCGCUCAUGUACCGCUUGCCCCCGAGCAACUCCCAACAAGUUAGCUCCGCGAUCCCGCCUCUGCUACUUUGUCGGUUACUCUUCGCACUCCAAGGCCUGGCGGUUGUUCGAUCCGGUUCGUAACAAGGUCUUUGAGCCGUCUCAGGCCAAGUUCUUUGAGGACUGGUUCUUUCCCGCUGCGGUGAGCCCUGCCAUUCCUGUCGCGGCCGGUUUGUCGUACCCGCCCGCGCCGCUCGGCAUCGCUACCGCCGCCGCGCCCCCUGUCGCAGAAUUGCCUGCCGCGGCUCCCGCUGCCGCCGCACCGCCACCCGUUCCGCCCGCCCUUGCGUUUUCAAAUCCUGGUCCGGCGAACACACCGCUUGUUGGUGACCGCUCCACCCGAGCCCGUCGCCCACCUGACUAUCUCGGAUUUGCCCACACGGCACAGCAUUGGGAGUUCGCCGAGCACGCCGCCGUCCAGGUCGACGACUUCGACAAAGGCGACCCUGCCAUCCAGAUGUACUCGUAUGGGGAAGUCUCUGCGUUCCUCGCCCAGAUCAACAGCGACGACGCUCCCUCGGUCCGGGCUGCCCUCGCUCGCCCUUUUCGUGACUACUGGCUUGGGGCCAUGUCAACGGAGGAGGGAGCUCUCGCGGCCAAGAACACAUUCUCCAAGCCGCUUCGAACCCCGCCCGGAGCGAUCAUUAUUGGCAGCAUGUGGGUCCUUCUCGUCAAGCGCAAUGCCGAGGGUCAGAUCGUCAAGUACAAGGCUCGACUUGUUGUGCGUGGGGACAUGCAAAAACGCCGGGGGGAGCAAAUCGAUUUGUUCUCGCCCACGGGUCGCGCCGCAUCUCAUCGCCUGUUACCCGCUCUCGCGGUCGAGAACGAGUGGGAGACCCGCCAGUUUGACGUCUCGUCUGCAUACCUCAACGGCAACCUUGGCGGGACCGAGAUCUACAUGCGUCUGCCCGGAGGCGAUGUUGUGCGCCUGCAGCGCGCUCUCUACGGUCUCGUCCAGGCGGGCCGCAAGUGGUACAAGGUCUUCACUGAGUGGAUCCUGUCUAUCGGCUUCACCCGCUAUGAGACGAUCACCACUACUGUCAGGAGAGGUUGAGAGUCGAACAGAAGUGAUGAGAAGGAAGCUAAGAAACAGAAAGGGGGGCCACGCUGGGAUAGGCCCAGGCGCGUGACAAUGUACAUCCCUAAGUCAGCCGCGGGUGAAAUUGCCGGCGCGCCUAAGUCCCCACCGCAAGGGGGCGGGCUAGCGGGCGCGCGCAUGAAUCCGCCGACGCUGGCGCGCUGA